AUGGUGGCGGAUCAGAUGCGCAUGGAACAGUUGGAGGAGGAGCUGGCGGUUGUGAAGGAGGAGACAGCGGCGGCGCUGAAUGCGGCGCUGCAAGACGCGGAGGACCAUUCUGCGGCGCUGCUCGCGGACAUCGCACGGCUGCAGGCGGAACUGGCCGCUGCCCAGCAGGAACGCGAUGAAGCGAAGGUGGCGGUAGAUGCGUUUCGCGCGAAGAUGGAGUCGUGGAAGGGAAAGGUGCGGACCGUCGUGGAGGACCGCGAGAGGGAGCGAGAUGCACUACAGUCGGAGGCGAUGGGUCUGAGAAGGGAGGUGGCGGCAGCGAAGCAGCGGGCGGAGGCGGCGGUGCGUGAGGCGGCCGAUGCGGCACAGAAGGCGGACGCGAUGCAUGCGUUACUUGUGGCAGAACAGCAGAAGGCGGAGGCGCUUUCCAAGUUGAAUGCAGCCUCCUCUGAGGAGAAGGUGUGCGUGCCGGAGGCUGCCCAAGAUGCCGCUCCACCAGUGAGUGCGACGGCGUCAGCGAGCGCCGUGGAUGAGGCACCGCAGCCGCCGGCUCUCCCGCUGCCGCCCGACGCGCGUGAAUGGCAGACUGUGCUCAGCGAGUGCGAGCGCCUGACGGGCGAGAACGACAAGUUGCGCCGUGCUGUGGCGGAGCUGCUGCGCUUUAAGCGGUCGGUGAUGGAGGAGAUACGCUCCGUCGGGGCCGUGGUGCGGCGACACGAGUGA